AUGGAUGAGUCGCGUAGCAACGCGACCAGCUACGGGCAGAUCAUCGAGUACAUACAGGACCGUCUUUACUUGGCCUCGUACACUCACCCGCCCAACGCGCAUACCCCCUUCCCGUAUCCCGCCGCGAAGCAGAGCAGGUCUCCCACCAAGCGCUCCUCGAGAGCCACGCAGGCCCCCACCGCUGUUAAGAAGCUCAACCCCCCUGUCUACUUUUCGAUCGACCGUAAGCUUCUGUACAAUGCUUUCCACGCCGACUUUGGUCCGCUGCACAUCGGUCACCUUUACCGUUUCGCUGUUCAACUGCAUGAAGUCCUGGGCGACCCUGCCAACGAGAACAGGCCAGUCGUCUUUUGGUGUCAUGCCGACUCGAGAAGUCGCGCAAAUGCCGCUUGUCUGCUCGCCUGUUACAUGGUUCUCAUUCAAUCUUGGCCCCCUCACCUUGCUCUCGCGCCUAUUGCUCAGAUGGAUCCUCCUUGCAUGCCCUUCAGAGAUGCGGGGUACAGCCAAGCCGACUAUGUUCUUACCAUUCAAGAUGUUGUUUACGGUGUAUGGAAGGCAAAGGAAGAGGGUAUUUGCAGCUUAAAAGACUUUAGCCUUGAGGAAUACGAGAGGUAUGAGCGCGUUGAUAUGGGCGACUUUAACUGGCUUACGCCGGAUUUCCUCGCUUUUGCAUCGCCUCAGCACCAGCCUGCUCAGGUGAUCCCGCCUACGCACAAGCUUUACGAGUCGGUACCUAAGACGAUUUCUGAACUUGAGGUGGCCGACAUCCCGACCCCGUUUAAGAAUGUCCUGCACCACUUCUCAACCCGUAACAUUGGUCUUGUCGUCCGUCUCAACUCACCUCUGUACUCUCCUACCUACUUCUCUGCUCUUGGCAUCCAGCACCUCGACAUGAUCUUCGACGACGGCACGUGCCCGCCUCUAAACCUUGUCCGGAACUUCGUCAACUUGGCACAUGAAAUGAUCACUGUGCGCAACAAGGGCAUUGCGGUGCACUGUAAGGCUGGCCUUGGUCGCACUGGUUGCUUGAUUGGCGCAUACCUGAUUUACAAGCACGGUUUCACGGCCAACGAGGUUAUUGCUUUCAUGCGUUUCAUGCGUCCGGGUAUGGUCGUUGGUCCCCAACAGCACUGGCUGCACCUCAACCAGGGUACUUUCCGCGAGUGGUGGUACGAGGAUUCGAUGAUGGCGAAGCUUGCUGCGAUGUAUCCGUCGACCCCGACGAAGGCUUCGCACAGGCAGCGCCUUGCCAGCAAUGGCCAGACCUUUACUCCUCCAAACGGAACCCACAAGCGUGCGGCCCUUGGCGAGAUCAACUCCAACGACCAGCGUACGUCGUCGAUGAACCAGGGAAUACACGACGAAAAUCUACCUGCACCCACGCCAGGACAGCCGCGUAAAACCAGUAAAAUAUACGGUACCGGCAGUCGACACCAAUCACCUCGACGUACUUACGAGAAUGAUCCACCUCUUCCUACAGAGUCUGAAUCUGAAGAAGAGCAUCAACUCCGGUUACUGGCGAAGAGGAGUGUAUCAAGGUCUCCACAAGCAAAAUCCCCUUCUGCGAAAACACCACUUGCCCAAAGUAAUAGUAGUAAAAGGCGAGCGGUGAGUUGUACGACAACUGCCACAAUGACUACGACCACUGUGUGGAAUGGCAAUGAGAGCGAUGUCGAGAACCACGCACCAGCACCCAAGACACCAUCUACGAAAAGUGGCAGCGGCGCAGGUGCCAUCAGUGUCGGCAAAACCAGAAGUCCUACCAGGCGAGGUACCGAUGCUAGCAAGGCGGGGGUGAGAAAGACGAGUGGUAGAGUCGGGAGUAUGGGCAACGGUACCAGGGUCAAAUCGGCGAAUUGA